AUGGUUUGGGAAUUUGUUAUACGUUUUAGAUCUCUUUCUCCGACUUAUUCUUCGGUUCGAAGACUUCAUUCUUCUAAGGCUCUUUUAGCAGCUGCUAGAGAAGAAGUUAAGGAAAAAUCACCUCAAUACAAAACAUUUUCUAUUUACAGAUGGGAUCCAGAUGCUGUCAAUGAAAAACCAAGGAUGCAAAGUUAUGAAGUUGACUUAAAUAGUUGUGGUCCUAUGGUUUUGGAUGCUCUUAUAAAAAUUAAAAACGAAAUAGAUCCUACGCUUACUUUUCGAAGGUCUUGCAGAGAAGGAAUAUGUGGAUCAUGCGCCAUGAAUAUCGGAGGAGUAAACACUUUGGCAUGCAUUAGUAAAAUUUCCCAGUCUGGAACGACUAAAAUUUAUCCUUUGCCUCACAUGUAUGUUGUUAAAGAUCUUGUACCUGAUAUGACUAACUUUUACAAUCAGUAUAAAUCAAUUCAACCAUGGCUUCAGAGAAAGAAUGAAGCAGAACCUGGAACGGAACAGUAUUUACAAAGUGUGAAAGACAGAGAUGUAUUGGAUGGUUUAUAUGAAUGCAUUUUGUGCGCUUGCUGUUCAACAUCUUGUCCUUCUUAUUGGUGGAACGGAGAUAAAUAUCUUGGACCGGCUGCUUUAAUGCAAGCUUACAGAUGGAUAAUCGAUUCUAGAGAUGACAAUACUAAGGAAAGGCUUAGUAAUCUUAAGGAUCCAUUUUCAGUUUUUAGAUGUCACACAAUCAUGAAUUGCACAAAAACUUGUCCAAAGAGUUUAAAUCCUGGAAAAGCGAUAGCUGAACUUAAGAAAUUACUCGGAGGUUUGGCAUCUAAGCCGACUCCAGAUCUUCAACCGGAUGCAUUAAUUAAAAACAAAUAG